AUGCCAGCCAGAACACUUCCUACCUUUUCGCGAGCUCAGGUUGAGUCGCAUAGCUCCGUCGAUUCCUGCUAUGUUACAAUAGGCAACAAUGUCUACGAUGUGACCGACUUCAUCGACGAUCACCCCGGUGGCAGCAGCCUUGUGCUCGAAUACGCAGGCAAGGACAUUGGCGACAUCCUGAAGGAUCCAGCCUCCCAUCCACACUCCGAAGCUGCCUACGAAGUCUUGGACGACUCACUUGUUGGCUUCGUAAACGAAAAGGGCACCCCCAACGGCCAUGUUAACGGAUCCGCCAUUGCCGACAAGGACGGUCCAUACGUCCAUCCUCGUACCGGCAUGUCUUGCGCCGAAGAUCUCAGCAAAGAUACCGAUGUCAGCCUCGACUAUAAAAAGCACAAGUUCUUGGAUCUAAGCAAGCCUCUGUUUCCCCAAAUCUGGUUUGGCGGCUUCAGCAAGGACUUCUAUCUCGAUCAAGUUCAUCGUCCGCGUCAUUACAAGGGUGGCGACUCGGCUCCCUUGUUCGGAAACUUUCUAGAACCUCUCACCAAGACGGCAUGGUGGGUUGUCCCGUCACUUUGGUUGCCUUUUGUUGCCUACGGACUUCACAAGGCAGCCGAAGGCCUUCCGGUCCUGCAUGUUGCUGGACAUUGGGUAUUUGGCGUCUUUCUCUGGACAUUCAUUGAAUACUUCCUGCACCGCUUCCUCUUCCAUCUUGAUGGCUAUCUCCCUGACAAUCGCGUCUUCAUCACCUUGCACUUUCUGCUGCACGGCAUCCACCACUACCUACCCAUGGACAAGUAUCGUCUAGUCAUGCCGCCGACUCUACUGGUCGUCCUUGCAACCCCAUUCUGGAAAUUGUCACAUGCCGUGUUCUCGCAUAGCUGGUAUGCUGCUACUGCUGUGUUCUGUGGCGGUAUCUUCGGAUACAUCUGCUACGAUCUCACUCACUACUUCCUUCACCAUGAGGACCUCCCUCUGUGGUACAAGCAGCUCAAGAAGUAUCACCUUCAACAUCACUUUCUUGACUACGAGCUUGGAUUCGGUGUCACCAGCAAGUUUUGGGACAAGAUUUUCGGAACUGAGCUCACUACUUCCAUACAGACAAAGUGA